GUGGCGAUUCUGUAUGUAAGGAUCGAAAUUCAGGAUGAAUGUUUCAAGGAUAUCUUCAACAAGAAGUUGAUGGAUGUCUUCCGCAUGUGGAAGCCACUGCGCCAUGAUAUCAUUCUUCCCCUGUGCGGGAUUACCUACGGGUCUGGUCCAGUACCAGCUAUCGUAUCUCCAUGGAUGCCAGACGGCUCCUCGAGCACAUAUCUCGAUAAAAACAUUGGAGUGGGCUCGGCUGUUGCGUACACUGGACUCUAUGAUGUGGAGAUGAUCUCCGCCCCGAACGCCGGUAAACCCCUCUGCCUCCUGACCUCCUCCGUAGGGGUCCCCUACUCCAACAGUCUCUCUGAGACCUACAAAUUCGGCUUGCUUGCUGAUGUAGUUGCUGGUCUUCAAUAUCUCCACUCCAAUGGAGUGGCUCAUACAGAUCUCACAGGUAGCAAUGUACUCAUCAAUAGCGACGGAAGAGCUCUUGUGGCGGACUAUGGGUGCUUGACUACAUAUUCCAACCUAAACGGGACCUCUUACAUCAGGAGUUAUGUACGAUGGGUUGUGCCUGAGCUUUUCGAUGUUCCGGAUACCGAGGAUGCGCCUAGCUCACCAAAGCUAGAAAGCGACAUUUAUUCUUUUGGAUGCAUUGCAUACCAGGUUUUAUCGGGCCAGCAGCCGUACUAUAACAUUCGCAGUGGUCACCGGGUGGUUGUGGCCAUCCUCAGGGGUGUCAAGCUUAAACGUCCCUGCCGUUGAAGAUUGUCACUGGAACUUCAUCGAGCAAUGUUGGGUCGAGCUGUCACAGCGACCUCCCAUUGCGGAUGUCCGAGAUUUGAUCUAUCACUAUAGAGUCGACUUAUGUUUUUGUAUUA